GCACAGAAGUAGGAUGAGGAUGUUCUUCUUGUUGUUGUUGUUAUGUAAAACAUGUUUCUUAUGUAGUCUGUCGUUUUAAAUGAGCCCGGAGAGACUUCUGCUGGGGAUUUCUUCACUUUGCGUGGCAGGAGGGGGCCCAGCCCAGCCCAGCCUGCCUGUCAGCGCUGCAGCCAGUCAGUCAGUCAGUCAUGUUGUGCUGCUAGUUGUUGUUCAGUAGCACCGACUGGUGCGCAAACUGAAAGCUGCGUACAGUGUUAAUGCCAAGUGACGGAUAUAAGCGACGUGUUUGCGGGCUGCUGGCUGAGUCUCCGGCAGCAACACUCAAGGUUUUGCAGCCGUGUCGGCGUUGGAGGAGCGGAUGGGAUAGAAAAAAAACAUCCUGAGCAAACCCCGCACGUCUCGGAAAGGAGUGUUGCCUCUUCUUGCUAGAAGAGAGUUGUUUGCUCUGUCUCUUCUCUCCUCUCGUCGAUUUUUUUAAAAAGGGUUUCCCUCGAGUGGAGUGGGGAAACAUCGGCGACAUUCGUGUUUAUUUCCUCGAGUUGAGCUGCAUCGGUUUACCCGUCGGGCUAUUGACUUGCCUUACCUAGCCAUUUGGAAAACAGGGUGCCCGGGCUGGCUCCUCGCACCAUUGAAAAUUAGACGAGAUAGUGCCUGCCACACGGAGCUACAGUACGGCCCCGUGAAGAAGCAUGUGAUGACUCACGCAAGGCAGAAGGGUUUCCUCAGGCAGAGCGACAGUAGUGCCGAGUGGUGGGACAACUCCCCCCUUUGGCCACAUGGUGGCAUUAUGGGUGGCGCCUGGCCUGAGCGCUCACUACGAUUCGGAAGGACAAAGAAGAUACGUGAGAUCAUCAAACAAAGGAAAGGCAUGACCAAGAGGAUGAAUGAGAAGAGAGAGAGGACAGAAAAAUCUGAUCAGAACAGAAAACUCGACCGGAGGCGUGACAAGAAACGGGACAGGAAGUUGUAUCCUUUGCGGGGUAGGACUGGGGUUUCAGAUGGGGAGGGGCUCAGCUGCCAUGUCCUGCUUACCCGAUUGGAGGAAAGCCUCCGUGAAAAGGAGAAAUCUGCAGAAAGGGAGCAAAAGGAUAAACGGCGACAUUCAUCUCUCAAAUCCAAACCCAAAAAAGGGAAAAGCAGUGAAAGAAAGCAGACAAAGUCAUUACCAAAAACCAAAUCAAAGUCAAACAGCCCAAGUCAUGACGAGAGUAUUCAUGUCCCACAACCUCGCAAGCGCAGGCUGGCCUCUCUAAAUGCUGAGGCAGUGAACAGUCUACUACUUGAAAGAGCUACUGACCUUCAGCCGGCAGCCAAGCAGGCCAGGAGACAGGAAGAGCCUGCAAAUGGAGAGAUAUCCCUGGAUGCAGAUCCAGCCAGGAGUGGUGUCCCUGGAGGUCUGAAGGCUUCACGAAGAAACCUCAGUAAAGCUGCCAUGUCUCACAAACUUCAACUGUGCCAAAGCUCUAAGAAGGUCAAGAAGGCCAAAGCUAACCGACAAGAGCGCGGGUGGGUGAGUCAGGAGAGUCUGGAUGCCCCGACCCCAAGAAGAUUGGCUGGACUCAACGCUGCAGCCCUGCUGAAGUUAACCAGCUCCUCUGCUACCAGUAAACCAAGAGUAAAGGUUACACCGACAGCUACCGUCACAUCAGACUGCAUGGCUCCUGCUGCGGUCUCAACCCCAAAACAGCACUCCAGAGUCAAAUUCAAACACAAGGGGUACUCACAAAAGCGGAAGGGAAAAAAUGACCCUCCCCUGCAUAGUUGCAGCACAGCCUGCAAGAAGAAGGCAGACUUUGAGCCCAAAGUGGAGUGGGAGGCCGGCAGCUGCACCCAUCGACUGACCAAACCAGGCUACCAGUCACGCAGCAUGUUAGCGUACCCACUAAAGCAAGUGAAGGAAGAGCAGCUGGAGACUGAGCUGAGCCCAUACUACUGCUGUCCCCCAGAGGGCUCAGUGGAAUACUGCCACCGCUUGGCCUUCUUCCUGGGCCAGCAGCCCUAUGGAGAAUCAGAGGAUCAGCCACUUAACUCAUCCAUGACCCCUGUGAAGCACGAGUGCCUCGUAACCUCACCGUCUUUGACGCAUUCCCACUCGCACACAGCUCUGACCCUCAGUCCCCACCCCUGCCUCUGCACCGCAGACCACUGCUUCUCCAGCUACUACGUUCACAUUGCCCACCCAACACACACUGGAAAAACGUCAGCAAGCCUAGCCCCGCAACCUCUGAACUUUGCCCCCUCUAGUUUAUGCCCUAAUCGGAUGACUGGCUCCAAGCUGCUGGGACCACGGUUGUCCCACCCCGCCUACUGCAACUCGGUGGCUUCGCCCUGUUACGGUGACGCCUGUGGGAUUGGGGGCUACACGUACAGAGCCAUGCCUCCUGUCACCAGCAGGGGUUGUUCUUUCAGCACAGGAUGCACUGGAUGUACACACAGCAUCAAAACAGAGGGUUACUCCUCCCCUCAGGGUGACCACAGCCCCUCCCUUCUGGUUCCCCCCUCCUUGCCCAUGUCCAGCUGCCCUCUGUCCAACGUGCCCACUUCCACCCAGACUAAACCGCACCUGCUGACCCCCCUGUCGGGACGAGACCAGCCCCCGGCCAGGUUAAAGCUGGCCAGGGAAUGCCCACAGAGCACCAAGCCCUCCAUCGGCUCCCUGUCCAUGGGCCGCACACGGCUGCCACAGAAACAGCCGCCGCCCUUGCCAAGCCUCAGCAGCACCAAACAAAAGAGAGUCAGCCGCAGACGUGCCACCAACGGUUGGCGGCCUGUUGGAAUGCCCACAGAGAGGGAGGUCUUUAUUGCGGGAGAGGAUGAGACGGCCCUGCGGCAGUGUUAUGAAGGAGUCGAGAGAGACGGUGAAGUGAUACAUGUCAGAGACACUGUGCUGCUACGAUCGGGCCCCAGGAAAAAAUCCCUCCCAUAUGUUGCAAAGAUAUCAGCGCUGUGGGAGGACCCCAAAACAGGAGAACUGAUGAUGAGUCUUUUCUGGUACUACCGGCCUGAGCACACCCAGGGAGGCCGAGAUCCCAGCACACACUGUGAGAAUGAGAUUUUCGCCUCUCGGCAUCAGGAUGAAAAUAGUGUGGCCUGCAUAGAAGACAGAUGCUAUGUUCUCCCACUAGCCCAGUACUGUAGAUUUUGUGCCUUGGUGAAGCGGCGUGCCGAAGGCGCCCCACCUGGCAGUGCCAGCAUGGUGCCCUGCCGCCCCGACUUCGCCCCCCCUUCCCACCGCUGUGUGCCCACAGAUGUCGACCCCGAGCUGGUGUAUCUCUGCCGGCACGUCUACGACUUCCGCUAUGGACGCAUCCUGAAGAACCUGCAGUAGAGGGUAGAAGGGGUGUCGCACCCAUGAAUUAAUCACAACAUAGCUCGUCCUCCUGUACAGAGGUGGGGAGUGCUGAAGGACUGAACACCCCUGUCUUUUCUGCUGGGGACUCUCAUUAUCAGAGGGAAGGGGGAGGGGCCUGUUUUGGAGAGGGACAGAAGUGUUUGAGACACAUUAUGAAGCACAGAUCCCUUUAGUUGACUAAAGGGGGGUUACAACGUGAUAGAUGAAUCCAUCUCAGUCAGAGCACCAAUGUUUUCUGGUUUGGAAGAGCGAUGAAGACAGAAUUCAUUCAUCAGCUUGGAUUUUUUAGCUUCCACAACACUCUGAGGUUACAUGGAGUCUUGUCUCUCCCCCCCCACCCCCACCGCCAGGAAUGCCAAACAUCAGGCUGAACUGGGCUACUGUCAGGACCGCGUUUCCCCCAAAGCAUCUUAGCACAACAAUCAUGUUUGUUCCAUUUGUAAGCCAGUGGCUCAGGAAUGGUCCGGCGCUAAGGUGCUUCCGGGGAACACAAGGCUGCACUGUCAGCUCAAUGUUAACGCUGUUCAACCAGCCAGGGUGAAGGAGCAGCUAAUGGAGAGUGUCGUCUUAUUUCUCCUGAUUUGAGUUUGUCUCAGUUGUGUGUUUGUGCGUGCGUGUGUGUUUGUGUUGUGUGAAACUCAGUGUUGUUAGUGUGGAUAAAUGGAUAAAUGUGGGUAUGUGUGAUGGUUUUUUAGCAGGCAUUCAGGCAAUCAAACCAAACAAGCAGCUUUAGAGGAAGCGGAGCUCUCUCUCCCAGUCCUCUCUCCUGUGUGCCACAGCGCACUGACACUGACAGAUACAUUUUCAUCUCACGCGAUGCUCUGCGCAAACUAAAAUACUGUACCUGAAGGGGGUUUGUGAGACCGAUCUUUCCUUAACAAACUCCACUCUAGAGCAGGGCCUCUUUCACUUCAAGUCAGGACACUAAAAGUGGCGCUAAACUGAUUUUAUUAGAUGAUUUAACAAAAGACAAAAGCCCCAGUGGAUUUUCAAACUAACUUCCAUCUUUUCAAGCCACAGUCCUGGCUUGAAGAAGCCUUGUUUUAGAGAGGCUUUUAUCUAAGGGUCCAAUAGGGAGAUCCCUUACUGAGGAGCUGAGACGCUCCUAUCAAGACCAUCGUUAAUUGUUUAUUUGUUUGUUUUUCCUUACAUUUUCCCAGUGACUUGCCUUAUGACUUGCAGGUAGAGCUUUAGGCAGCUAGUCUCACCACAUAUAACUAUGUGGUAGAACAGGUGUACUGUAGUCUCAAGAAAAAGGAUUUUGUUGCCUGAUUGACUGACUGGAGUGACUGACAGCUAUGACAUGAUCACUGGACAAAAUGCACUGGGUAGGGCUGUCACCAAUGACUAUUUUCAUUAUUGAUUAAUCGUUUAGCUAGUAACGUGACAAAAUAGUUAGAAAUGUCCCAUUUCAUUUGCUCAAGGUGACUGGUUUAUUAUCCUGUUUUGUUUAACUAAUAGUCUAGACUAUCUACUAUCUUGUAUGACAAAGACAAAAAUUUGAAGCUAGAACCAGGAAAUGUUUGACUUAAAGCAUUAUACGAUUAUCAAAAUAGUUUCAGUCGAUCGACUAAUCAGUGAAUUGACUCAUUGUUGCAGCUCUACACUGGUUAGAAACACGGUGCACUUUUCAUGUCAUCGAUCUGCUGUGCUAUAGCUGCUCGCGUUGCGUGCCAAAACGUCGCAAUGUCCCGGAAAAUGUCUAUUCUGCCUGUUUCAGCUCUACAUCCACACCAAGUUUUUCUUCCUCCCCCUCCUCCCCCUGAAGAUAAACCAAAGGAUGUCACACAAGCCAGAGCCCCCGUCCCCUCCCUCGCACUUCUUCUCCUUGUCAGCACUUCUGCCCUUGUUCCCUUAUUAUAUUGCACUAAUUCAUUCCUUAAUUACAACAAACGUGUUCAACUCUUUUUUUUUUUUUUUGUUUGAGCUACUAAUAUCUUACUGGAGGGAACAUACUGUGUAUCAUUUGUGUGUGUUUUUUGUAGAGAAGGAAACAGUAAGGAUGUCAUGGCUGCUUUUGUCAGUGCAAACUGUAUAUUUCUGUUGUUUCACCGUUAGAGGAGUCGGCCAGCCUGUUCGUCAUGUUACCUGAUGCACAACCUGUUGAAUCCCAUGGAAUAUAUAGUGUGUGUGUGUGUGUGUGUGUGUGUGUGUGUG